AGAAAUAGAGCAACUUCUAAUUAAUGAACGGUUUGGGUGCUGCCAACUCGUCCAAGCCGACUGGCUGAUAAAACGCUGUAAAACCUCUUCGGCGCAUGUAAAUUCGCGGUACAUCUCACCCAUCUACGUCACAGGGGCGGGCACUACGCCACCGUGAAAUCAAUCUAUUGACUGUGAUUUGUGACGGUAGUGGGCUAGUUGCAUUUUCAAUUAGAAAAAAAUUCGAAUCUCGGAUGAGCGAAUCUGACCGUACAAUUUUUGCACUCCCUCUUCUGUCUUCACAUCUCCGUUUUAUUUCGCGUCGCUCUUCUAAUAAUUUCAAAGUUAAUCAAAAUGCUAGCACGGCCGCCACCCACUACGAUUAGGACUGUAAUUUGCUUUUUUGUUUGAUGUGGAGUUUGAACUGCGUUUCAGCAUUCUGGUUCUCACAAAUCCGACUUAUGAGUAUUGAACGCGUCACCGUGUUAAUGAACGUUUUUCUGAUUCGUUUAUCUUACAAAACUUACUGGCUAUCUGGCAGUUUGCGCAUCAGCAGUUAAGUUCUUGGCUGCAACAUGAGGAUGUAUUCCAGUGUGACCACGGUAAACAGCUCUGGUAAUGGUUCCCCCGCGGAUACCACCUUCCCCCUGUCCGGCCUGCUUAAUAAAAUACUGCGAUGAUCGUAAGGCGGGAACUCGUGCCGGUGUUGAGUUGAUCGAGUGUGUCCAUCUCAUUACCACUCGUCACACUCCGCAGGCGAAGGUGGACUGGCGCUGGACGCAGGACGAUCUGGAUAACAGCACGUUUUCUGCGCGGCUGUAUUUCGUGGGAGCCUGCGCCGGCUGUUUGGAGGAUUAUGUGAAACUGAAGGAAUUUAUGAACAAAUUGUCGGAUCGCAUGCUGGAGUUCUUCCAUACGUUGCCCUCCAUUUACGGGCAUUUCGCUGCCGCGGUCAACGGACAGCCGCCCGAACCCACACACGGGCCACACCGCACAGCGCUGUGCCAUCACGUAAUGGAUUUGCGAAUCACGUCCCCGAAACUCACAACGAUCCAUCGGCGAAUGCUGCACCGUUUGCGCCAACCAUUGUCCAGCCGCAUUCCACCGGUACUGUGCCUGCGCAUAUUCCAUCCAGCAGUAGCAGCCGGACCAUGGAGCCGAUUGCGCCGAGCAAGAGCAACAUAAAAAAUUCUAACAGCAUUUCGGGAAUGCACAGCAGGAACACUGUUUUACGUCCGCAGUCAACUGGAACUGUGGCAACGAUGUCUUCUCAUGAUUUUGGUCGGAUUUGCAGUGAGCGUGCUUCUGAGUUGCCAAUCAAAACGGAGAAUAUUGAGGAUUAUGGAUCCACUUCCCCGACCACAUCGCAUAAGCGCAAAACGACCACGCAAAACGGCACUAGUAUUAUGAGUGCGAAACGUGUUUGCCAGAAAGCGACAGAUCCAAAUAGGGGUACGAAGCGGCCUACGACCAGAUCUCAAUCGGUUGCUCCGGCGAGCGCACCAGAGCCGGCAAAACAAAAGCAGGUGGCUCCUCGGCGAUCAAAACCCACAGCCACUCGUACUUCCGGUUCGGGUAAUUCUGCUCAUGAGGAAACCUGGCGACGCAAGGACGUAGAGACUCUCAUAGUCUGUGAACCGACAGCAGACGCGGUGGUGCGAAAAGGACUGGAAGAAAUGUUUUUCAAGGAAGAACUUCAGUCAGCAUCCCAGAAACUGCGCGCCUGUUCGACAGCACCCAACAGCAGCAGCUGUAACGGAAUUCUCGAUGAAAUCAAGUUGCAUCAUUUAAUAGGAUUAAUAAUGAAAGCAUUCAACGGAGAUUUUUUUCCAAAGCAGAACAGUACCGAAAUACGCUCAGCAAUCAUGUCUCAGUUGUCAACCUUUCCACCUGAAAUCUGAUGUUAAAGAUCCCACAUGCAUCCGUAUAUCCUCUGUUCGAUUUAUGAGCCUUUUUGUACGAUAAGUUACAGUUUUAACUUGGAAUCUGUAAAUAGCUUGGCUAGAAAGAUACCUGCAAAUGUUGAAGUACGGUAUAUUGUUCGACGGAUUUGGUUUGACACCUUCAUACUUUCAAAUUUUACGUAGCAGUAAUGGCGCAAUGUGGUACGUGGCCGUACAUGUAGUUAUGCAUGCACUUUUGCAUGUAUUUUUUCUUUAUAUUGUCAUGUUUUUCUGUAGUGUAUUAGUUUGCAAUUUGCUCGCUGUAUGUCACUGUUGACCUCGGAUUAGAUUUUAGAGCUACCCUGAAAUUUAUAUGAAAGAGCAAGAGGUUUGGCUGCAGGACGCAUAUACUGCACAGUAUG